AUGAAGUUCUCCACUUCUCUAGUCUCCUUGGCGUUGGCUGCCUCAAGCGCCUUCGCUGCUCCCCUUGAUGCUACCCGUACCGUUGAGAAGCGUGACACGACCAUCUCUUGCGACUCUUGGGGCUCCCUCCAGACUGGUGGCUACACCAUCUACCACAACAACUGGGGAGCGUCUGCUGCCACCUCUGGUUCUCAGUGCACUUACUUCAAGUCACUGAGCGGCAGCACCGUCGCUUGGUCCACGAAAUGGUCCUGGGCUGGUGGCUCAUACAAUGUCAAGAGUUAUUCCAACGUAGCUCUCGAGAACGUCAACAAGCAGCUGUCCGCUGUUUCCUCUAUUCCUUCCGUCUGGAAGUGGUCGCAAACCAGCAGCGGCACUCCCGUCGCCGACGUCGCCUACGACCUCUGGCUCGCCCCCACUUCCGGCGGCUCGAACGCCUACGAGAUCAUGGUCUGGCUCGGCGCCUACGGAGGUGCUGGUCCUAUCUCCUCCACCGGCAGUGCCAUUGCCACCGUCACGAUCGGCGGUGCUAGCUACAAGCUGUUCUACGGCCUCAACGGCAGCGUCAAGGUGUACUCCUUUGUUGCCUCCAGCACCAACAGCAACUUCAAUGGCGACCUCAACCUAUUCUUCAAGUACCUUACCAGCAGCCAGGGUGUGCCCUCCAAUUACUACAUCACCUCGCUCCAGGCUGGUACCGAGCCCUUCACUGGCUCGAACGUCGUUCUUACCACCUCUGCGUACAGCAUCUCCGUUAAAUAA